UUCAGAAUCCCCGGGCAAUGGGAGAACAAUUCAAUCCCAGUUAAAUACAUCACACAGAAAACAUGGCAAGUGGGAUUCUUCGGAUUGCUUCUCCCAUGCACGUUGGUUUAUUUAUGUAUCCUUCUUCUUCCCUUUGUUAAUCUCUUUUCUUCUCGAUUUGCAUUUCGGGGUUUUCUUUUUUUGGAUCAAUGGAGGGGGAGAGGAAGUACAUUAGCGCCAAUGAGCUGAAAGAGCACAACAAGCCAGGAGAUUUGUGGAUCUCAAUCCAGGGUAAAGUUUACGACGUUUCAGUUUGGGCUAAAGAGCACCCCGGCGGUGAAAUCCCGCUUUUAAAUCUUGCCGGCCAGGAUGUUACCGACGCGUUUAUAUCUUAUCACCCUGGAACCGCUUGGCAAUAUCUCGACGAGUUCUUCACCGGGUAUUAUCUCGAGCGCUUCAAGGUCUCGGAGGUUUCCAGGGAUUACAGAAGGCUCGUCUCCGAGUUUUCCAAAACGGGUCUGUUCGAAAAGAAAGGGCAUGUGGCCUUUUGUUCGUUAGCAUCCGUGGGCGUCAUGUUCAUCGUUGUUCUUUACGGUGUUUUGCGAUGCGAAAGCUUCUGGGCUCAUUUGGGUUCGGCUAUGGUAUUGGGCAUGCUCUGGAUGCAAAGCACGUACGUUGGUCAUGAUUCUGGUCACUAUCAAGUAAUGUCUAGCCGUGGCUACAACAAGCUGGCUCAGAUUAUCACCGGGAAUUGUUUGACCGGAAUCAGCAUUGCCUGGUGGAAAUGGACUCACAAUGCUCAUCACAUCUCCUGCAACAGCUUGGAUUACGACCCCGACCUUCAACAUAUCCCCGUUUUUGCAGUAUCGUCCCUGUUUUUCGAUUCGCUAACGUCUUGCUUUUACGGACGGAAGUUGAAUUUCGAUCCACUGGCGAGGUUUCUCAUCAGUUACCAGCAUUGGACGUUUUAUCCUGUUAUGUGUGUGGCCAGGUUGAACUUGUAUUUACAAACGUUUUUGCUGUUGUUUUCACCAACCCGGCAAGUCCCGGAUAGAGCUUUGAACAUACUCGGCAUCCUUGUGUUUUGGACUUGGUUCCCUCUCUUGCUUUCAUAUCUACCCAAUUGGCCCGAACGAUUAAUGUUUGUCCUCGUGAGCUUCGCCGUUACGUCGAUUCAACAUAUCCAGUUCUGUUUGAAUCAUUUCUCGGCGAAUGUAUAUGUUGGACCUCCGAGUGGCAAUGACUGGUUCGAGAAGCAAACGAGCGGGACACUAGAUAUUGUGUGCCCUUCCUGGAUGGAUUGGUUCUUUGGUGGUUUGCAAUUCCAGUUGGAGCACCAUUUGUUCCCCAGGUUGCCUCGGUGCCAAUUGAGGAAGGUUUCUCCAGUGGUGAAGGAUCUUUGCAAGAAGCAUAAUUUAUCUUACCAGAGUUUGUCAUUUUGGGAUGCGAAUGUGUCGACGAUAAGGACUUUAAGAACUGCUGCACUGCAGGCGAGGGACCUAAGCAACCCUGCUCCGAAAAAUCUGCUGUGGGAAGCUGUGAAUACUCAUGGUUGAGGGCAU